AUGGGGCACACUGCUCGGUUUUGUAAAAUUCUAGUCCAACAAAACACACAAGCGGCAAACGCCGGAGCCAGUCAAACCUGCUAUGGUUGUGGAGAGGCUGGACACUUCAAGAGUAACUGCCCGAAGGCUAGAAACCCGAAAACUGGUGAAGUGGGCAGAGUGCUGGCGAUAGGUCAUGAGGAAGCAGUUGCAGAUCCAACUGUGGUCACCGGCGCGAUGGCAGGAUUUCACUUGUCGGGUGAUCCCUACUUCCCCAACCAAGGGAAUGUCGGUUGCAUUGUCAAAGAACCAGAGGAAGAUUCCGAAGAUGAGCCCAUGGAGGAUGAAGAACCCAUGGAAGAGGAAGAAUCCGUAGACGGUGAAGAGGAUGAAGACUCAGAUGGAACCGACUCAGAACCCAAGGUUUACAACCCACAUCCUGCCCCUAUCCCUCCGCAACACUUCCAAGACCCGACACCGAAUGGGCCGAAACUAUACAUCAAUGGAGCAGAGAGCAAGGUCAACGACCUCCCUAUGACAUGGAACGGAGUUUCUACGAUCUCAGCAGAGGAGGGUCAGCCGACCGAGCCCUCCCUGUCAUAA